AUGGCACUUCCACUUUUCAUCCCUCCAUGCAUCCGCACUCCUCGCGGCCAGUAUCACCUCCCACCGCCCGAUAAGCCGCUGAGAGUUCAGAUCGAAGGUCCACUUGUCGCUAUAAAAAAACUGCUACCACAUAUCUCGUGGUGCCUCAGUCUUCAGAACCGGACUUUUCCCCAGCCAGCAGGUCCCGAGCUAGCCCGACUGACGUACCGGGCGGUAUACGGACAAGAUGUCAGUUCGGAAGUUUCCGGUGAUCUGGUGGUUCGGGAUGAAUCCUUGGGCUGGAUGCCCCAGAGGCGCCCCGAAGAAGAACUCAUUGACUACGACGGUGUUACAUUCGACCAUCUGGUCCCAGCUGAGGACACCGACCCGGAAGUCAUGCAAAUCAACAUCAUCGAGAUUGAGGAUGAUAAAGGGGUGUACGCGAAUAAAUGGCUUGCAUUCGAAGUGGACCCAAGUGAGUAUAUUGGAAAGAAAGUCCUCGCUGUGCCCCGCUGUUGCCAGAAGAGAAAGGGAACACAGGAUCGCUGGCGAGUGAAUGCACUCGUAGAUCAGAGAAUGCAUGGCCGGGAGCACUUAGAAGAGCAGAAGGCCUGGGAAGCUAGACACAAAUUGCACCCCGAGUUUGAAGGUGUAAACGAUUUUUUGAAACCAUCCGCGGCAUAGCUCAUCUGCGAUCUUCCUAAUCUCGAU